AUGUCUAAUACAGAAGAUUUUAGUGAUUCUGGUUCUGAAUAUCAGCCUAUUCCUGGAGAAAUUCAUACAGAUUCUGAAACAGAUACAAGUUGUGACGAAAAUAUUAUGAUGCCGUCUAGUCUAUCAGAACCUGGAACAUCUAAAUCUAGAAAAAGGUCAAUCAACAAGGAAAAUUGGACAGUUAAUAAAAGAAAGUUAUUGCGUAAUAGUGGAAAAGGUUAUGCACCGCACCAGGAUACAUGUAAGACUUGCGAUAGCUUGAAUUUUAAAAUUAGAGGCACCGAUGACGAGAACGUGAUGAAAGAGUUUGAAGUUCAAAAGGAACUUCAUCAAAGAAAGGCAGAUUCGGCAAGAGAAAAUCUACAAAUUGAUGCUAAAAAGAUUAAUGACGCAAAAAAAACAACCUGUGGUUACGACUUCAACUGGCUGAAUAUUAGAUGGCUGUGGUUUGAGAGGAAUCGUCCUUUACAAUUUCAAUUUAAAGAAACGCUCAACGCUGACAUGCCCUUCUACAAAGUAGAUCUAUCAAAAAAGCAACAAGGACGACCAGCUUACUUGUACAAUAUUCAACAUGGCCCACUCCAUCCUUCAAGAAGACCAGUCACUAUUGCUAAAAAGAAGGAUAUGCUUGAUCUUCUCCCAUACAUUCCACCAAUUUACCAUCAAUUUUACAAAAACCUUAUUGUAGACAUUCCAACACGGUCAAGCACACAUAAUGCUGAUGAACGUUCGUCUGAUGACGAAAUAACCUACGAUUAA